GGGCUAUAAUCAAAAUGUGAAGAAGGCUGUCAGUCCUCAUCAGGAAGUAGCCUUCCAUGGAAAAACACAUCAGCAGGCUUGGUUUGGCUCUGCUCGGCCAAAAGCGGUCAUGGAAAAGCCCUCGGGGUGCUGCACAGAUCUGAGGCUCACCUUUGUGUGCUUACUGCCAUACAGCAGUAAACUGUAUUUUGGGCGGUGACGGUUCAAAGUAGGCGUUUAGUCGUAGCAGGAACUAUCUGCCUUAUCUCAGCUGUAUUGUACUAGGUUACUCAUAAACACAUGUGAAAGAAGCUGAAAGCUAAGAAGUCUUUUCUUGAAACUCGCAGACUUUCUCUCUUACAACUUCCUGAUUGGAGAAAUAAGAAAUGGCUGCUGAGCUUUUCAAGGCCAGGAAAAAGUUUGUGGAGUUGGUGUCCAAAGAUGUGAUCAAGCAGCUUCUGGACGACAUAUACGAUGAUGGUAUUGUGAAUGAAGGGGAGAAAGACUCGAUACUUGAAGAGAACGUGAGCAGAACAGACAAGGCAAGGAGUCUCAUUGACACCGUCAGGAGAAAAGGAGAUGAAGCCAGCAGGAAGAUGAUUGCUCACCUUCAAAACAGGGAUGCAACACUGUACUCUGAGCUGGGUCUGUCCUGCAGUCAACCUGCUAAGCCAGCUGCAGCGCCCAUUCAGGAGCAGGGAUGGUCAACCACGCUCAUCUCUUCUACUGAGGACUUUUGGAGGGAAAAACAGAAUGAUACAAGUAUUUACCCGGUGACCAAAGAUUCCAUUAAGAGCCGUGUAGCUCUGCUGAUCACUAAUAUAAAGUUCACUGAUGAGAGGUGGAACAGAAAUGGAGCUGAGAAAGAUGAAGAGAACAUGGAGAAACAGCUCAACAGCUUGGGAUACGAAGUGGUGAAACAUACAAACCUCACAGGAAAGGCAAUAGAUGACGCUGUCAUUGAGUUCUCUAAACAUCCUAAACUUAAAGGGACAGACAGUGUGUUGGUGGUCCUCAUGUCUCAUGGGAAACUGGGUGCUGUCCUCGGCGUUGAGUGGAAAGAAGGGACUUCUGGUGAUGAGACGCCAGAUGUGUUUCCCAUAGACAACAUUUAUAAACAUCUGGGCUCAGAGAGGUGUCCGGCAUUGCUCAAUAAACCAAAGAUUAUUGUCAUCCAGGCCUGCAGGGGAGAGAAAGAAGGAUCGGUGCUGAUUAAAGAUGGUCCAACCUCAGCUUUGGCCUGUGAUGAUAUGAACAGCUCAUCUGAAAACUUCGAGGAGGACAAUCUGCGAUUUGUACACAAAGAAAAAGACUUCAUUUCUCUUCUUUCCUGCACCCCUGAUACUGUCUCAUAUAGAAACAGAGUCCUAGGAUCUAUCCUGAUCCAGUAUUUGGCUGAAGUCUCCAACACCUUUGCACACAAGGACGACAUUGAGGAGCUUUUCAGAAAGGUCAUGCAACGCUUUGAAGACUUUUCAAUUCAAGCUAAGAGACAGAUGCCAACCAAAGACAGAUGCAGCCUUACAAGGCGCUUUUACUUUUUUCCAGGCCUCUGAGACACUCAAGUGUUUGCUUGCAACACUCCUUGAUUUUACAAAUAAGUAAGAAUAUUACUGGCACACAUGCCAGUAAUAUUCAUGAGAUCCAUUUGGGCCCAUGUAAAAAAAAAACAUCUUAAUUAUCUGCUUUAAACUCAUUGAAAAAGAACUCUGCAUAUCAAGACAUAUUGGCUUUAUUGUAUUAAUAUCAGUGCCUUUUAUAUGUACGCUGUACAAAGAAACAUACCAGAUUCAUACAUUCUGUGAAAAUUCAAAACAAAAGAUUCACAUGUUGGUCGCCAAAACUGUGCAACACACUCUAGGUACUGAUGCUGAAUGGUUGCAUUGCUCUUCGUCUUGCAUCUUAUACUAUGUAGAGUCAUUCCUGGCUUUUUUCUUCCUCUAUUCAUAGAGGAGGAAAGAGAAAUCUCUAGCAUUACUUGUAGUUUAGAGAGCAACUUCAUUAGACCCAACGCGUUUCAGCUUGUAGCAUACCCCGAUGAACUGCCAUACCCUGGAAAGAGUUACCACUGUUCCAAGUUUUCCCCAUUUGUGGAUAAUAGCGCUCACCAUGGUUCACAGGAGUCCCAAAACCUUAGAAAUGGUUUGGUGAUAGAUGUCAAGGACUUUGUUUCUCAUCUGUUCUCUCUGUUUCCUUCAAGACUACAUCCUCCAUGCAUGUUGGAAGUUGGUGAGGUUGUGCUAGAGUUACCUCCUUCAGCUCUUCUUUAGUCAUAGAGGAGUACAGUGGAUAGUCAGAAACAGGAUUGAGGGAGUGGGGGAGAGAAAAUGUCUGCUGUUUCUUUGCAAAUCAUACAUAUAAAAGUCACUGAUGUGAAUGUAUGUAAUGUUAUCUCAGUAUGCACUGUUCAUUUUUUAAUAGCAUUUAAAUGUGGUAUUUUUGCCUUUUUUUCUUACUUAAAAAUGUUAUUGAAAUGGAUAGCAAUACAAGAUUUAUACUGCAUAAAAAAAUAUCUCAGUGCUGUGGUGUUAAGCAAAAGUUAGAUUUGAGGGAUAAGGAUGCUUGGUGGCUAUCUCAGAUAGCGUUUCAUAUAUUUUGCAUUAUAAGCAUUUUACAGCUUAAUAUAAGCUGCUUUUCAGAACUGUAUUUUAUACAUCAUUUUCACAUACAAACAUUUUCUGGAUGCUGACUCUUUUAUAUAAUUUUUUACAGCUUUGAGCAAAAUAAAAACAUUACUAUUU